AUAUUGUGCUUCCUCCUCACGAAGAACACAAAAAAAUUCUACAUCUUACUUUCUUCUAAAAACCUAUCUAUCAUCUAAACUAUGGUUGAAGGUGCUGGAACCAUCGUUCCUACUAAGGAAUCAAUCACAUCUUCUCCAUACUAUCUCUCUUCUAAUGAUCAACCUCACCAUGUUCUUACCUCCUUUCUACUGAAUGGGGAAAACUAUGAGAAGUGGGCUAAGAUUGCUCGCAAUAACCUAGCAGCAAAGCACAAACUCGGCUUUGUUGAUGGGUCACUUCUGAAACCUACAUCUGAUUCUCCGGAUUAUCAACGAUGGAUACAAGUUAACUCGAUGUUGUGUGGAUGGCUCUAUGCGAGUCUCGAUCCCAAGAUUCAGAAGGCAAUCUCGUUCGUUGACAACUCAAAAGUCUUAUGGGACAAUCUUCGGAUUAGAUAUUCUAUCGGUAACGCUUCUCGUGUCCACCAAAUCAAAUCUUCUAUUGUUGCCUGCUCUUAAGACG